AUGAGUUCCGACUACUCUUAUGACGAGCAGGGCCAGUUCUUCCCCUUCUUUAUCCUGACCCUCACUGGCAUCGUCACUGUUCCCCUUACCUACACACUCCUUCGCCCGAACCGCGACCAAGAUGCGCUUGCGCCACGGAUCAAGACCAACUACAAGUCAGAGCAUGCGGCUACUGUCGAGUCGCUCAAGUCAGCGCAGAAGCGUAGCCAAUGGAGGGUCAAACGGGUUAUCUUCGUGAUAAUCGGCUGGGCCCUCAUGGCUGGCAUGGCCUACCUGAUCAUGGUUACCCAGCGAACUGUCCCAAAGCUUUGGAACCCUUAUGAUAUUCUAGGCAUCUCAGAGUCUCUCAAUGAGAAGCAAAUCAAGUCGCACUACAAGCGACUCUCCCUCAAGUUCCACCCCGACAAGGUUCGACCUGACCCAGCCAAGAACGAGACUGUUGAAUCCCUCAACAACUUCUACGUCGAACUCACCAAGGCCUAUCAAGCGCUCACCGACGAAGACGUCCGCAACAACUACAUCCAGUAUGGCCAUCCCGAUGGAAAGCAGAGCUUUAGCAUGGGAAUUGCUCUUCCUCAGUUUAUGGUCUCCGACGGCAACGGCAAGUAUGUCGUUCUUCUGUACACUAUGCUUCUUGGAGUUCUUCUGCCCUGGCUCGUUGGAUCAUGGUGGUAUGGUACCAAGAGGAUGUCAAAAGAAGGUGUCCUGAUGGAGAGCGCCAACAACCUGUUCCGACAAUACGACGACGAAAUCGAGGAGGGCGGCAUCAUCACUGCUCUCAGCGCUGGCAAGGAGUUCGAGGACAUCCUGAAGGGCGAUAAGGGCGAAUCUGGUCUUUCCAAGAUCGAGUCACGAAUCACAGCUGAAAGUGAGGUCGGGCCUACUGCUUCUGGCAUGUCGCUCAAGGACAAGGAGGCUCUCGAGGAUCUUGACAACGGUGUUCGACGAAAGGCCCUCGCCCUUCUCUGGGCUUACCUCGGCCGUGUUGAGCUCGACGACCCUGCUCUGACCAAGGCCAAGUUCCAAGUUGGCCCCAUUGCCCGCGCACUCAACCAGUCCUUCAACGCCAUCACUCUCGCCUACGGAAACAUUGGUCCUAUUGCCAACUCGUUCUACACCAGCCAGAACUUGAUCCAAGCUGUUGCACCCCAUGCCUCUCCUCUUCUCCAGCUUCCCCACAUCACUCCCGAGAUCGCUCGUGCUAUCGAAGGUGACUCUAAGACACACAUGCCUGUCCACCGAUUUAUGGAUCGACCAGACGCACAGCGCAGACAGCUUGCUGUUGGAAAGGGCCUCCUGACUGAGGAGCAGUACCAGACCGCGAUUGGUGUCGCUAAGCAGAUUCCCUUCUUCCGUGUAUCCAGGGCCUUCUUCAAGGUUACUGGCGAGCGCUUUAUUAUCCCCUCGUCACUGGUUUCUCUGGUCAUCAAGGGCCGCUUCAUUCCUCCUGGUACUGAGAACAUUCCCCCUGUCAACGAGCUGGAUCUCGAGGACAUUGACCCGGCCGAGGACGAUAUCGAGGCUAUCAACGGACGCAAGAAGAAGACGAUCAAGGGCCCUGACGGCAAGCUUAUUCCUAUCGAGGAGGAGUCAAUCCUGCCCCCUCUGACACACGCCCCCUACUAUGCCCGUGAUCACUCUCCUCAAUGGCACGCUUUCCUUAGCGACUCCAAGCAAGGCAAGAUGGCUGUUCCUCCUUUCCACUUCGCCAAGUUCGACCAGCCUAUUAUCGAUGAUGAGGGCAAGCCUACUUUCAACAUGCAGACUCUCAAGGCUCAAUUCGCUGCACCUCCUCAAGCUGGUCACUACACCUUUGUUUUGCAUGUUAUCUGCGACUCCUAUGUUGGCUUCGAUACCAAGAUGGAAGUAACUUUGGUAGUUGAGGAAGCAAGCAAAGCAGCCGAGAUGCAAGCCGAGGACGAGAUCAGUGAGCCUGAAGAGGAUUCCCUCGCUGGACAGAUGCACGUUCUCAAGACUGGUCAAACCCCCAAGACCCGUAGAAGGGAUUCUGACGACUCUGAGGAUGAGAGUGGGACAGAUGAGGAAGAGGAUGACACCAGUGCAACAAAUACCGAUACUGAGGACGAGUCAUAA